AUGGUAAACAAGAAAAAUAAGAAAGUAGUUCGUCCAUGGUGCUGGUAUUGUGAAAGGGAUUUUGAAGAUGAAAAGGUCUUAGUCCUACAUCAAAAAGCAAAGCACUUUAAGUGUUCUCACUGUAAUAAAAAAUUUAACACGGCGGGUGGAAUGGUUUUUCAUGUAGCCCAGGUUCACAAAGAAACAAUUGACACGGUUUCAAAUGCAUUAAAAGGACGGGAAUCAACGAAAGUAGAGAUAUUCGGUAUGGAAGGAAUACCCCAAGCUGAUAUGAUAGCUCAUAUGCGUGCAAUUGAAAACAAACAGCCAUCAAAGAGAGUUAAAGUUGAAGAACCUAUGGAACUUUCUAGUGAGGAAAUUAAAAAGCGACUUGCUCAACAUCAAGAAAUGAUGAAAAAUAAUUCAAAAGCUGGCCAAUAUUUCCUUCAUUCUGGUUAUACCGUACAACAACAUAUGGCAUCGUUGAUACCUCACCAGUAUAGUCAAUUUUAUCAAAGUCCUGGUGUUACUUCAACUCAAAUAUAUUUACCUGAUUCUCCAUACCGACCGGGUCAAGUUCCUGGAAAAUCUCUACCAUGGAGUCUUCCGGUAUCAGGUGUCAGUCAACUACCAUAUGGAAGACAGAUUCAACCAACUACAAUGAGACAAUCAGCGGUCUAUCCACUUCUUUUGGUUAAUAAUAAUGCACCUGCAUCUCAAAUUUACUCACAAGUUCCAAAUUCUGGAAUGUCUUCAUCAGGUCAGCCAUCAUAUGCUCCUUACGCUGCAAAUACUGUCAUGACGACAUAUCCACAAAUCGCAGUUCCUUCCGAUAGAGAAAUGACUAUAAAUGAAAUUGCAAUGAACAACGCAGCACAUUCAAACUCCCAACCGGCGGCUCAAAAAAAAGUGCUCAAAGUCAGAUUGGCUUACAAUGAUAAUGAAGUUUCGAUGGAAGAAAAAAGAGCAGAACAUGCAAAAUAUCGAAAAUUAAGACCAAUUCAGACAGCAAGCACAUGCCAAUCUCGUGCUGUGAACUUUGAAGGAAGGGUUGUGAAUAGGAUCUAG